GAUGUUAAUUUUUAAAUUUAUUUAUGAAAAAUCAUCUAACUUAUCGAUGAAAAAUAUUCCGUACAAUCAACUUUAUCAACGAGUUUCUAACUUGCCUACAAUGGAUAUAACUUGUUGAAAAUUAUUUGCAUCAUCAACACGGAAUCUAAUCGAUCUUAAGAGUUGACGCAAGCGCCAAAGGGGGUGGCAUACGCCGCGCCCCUGCUUCGAGACUGGUAAAUUUCACCAAAACAAACCAGUGAGCAUGGAUGCUAGGAACGAGUAGCUGUUAGAGAUUCAUCGUUCUUCUCUUUCCCUUUACAUCAUUCAUCGAUAGCGAUUUAGUCAACAUGAGUCCUGGACUUGGACACGACCCUCUUCCCUCGUACAAUAUCACCGCAUUAGGUAACACAGCAUUGUGUUUGUGGCAGCAACCGCAGCAUAUAUUAUUUCAAUUGGCGAAUUUUUGCUUUGCGUUGUCAUAUUCGGCGCCCUCCUCUAGAAAAGGGAUAUUAUUCAUGCAUUCUGUUUUAAUAAUAGGUUUUAUGUUAUUAUCUGGUUGGGCAUGGCACGUGAUUUGCGCACCGGAUAUUUUCUCUUGGAAUUUUAGUUUCUUGGUGCUAAAUAUCGGUCAAUUGGUUUAUAUCGUUUAUCAAAUGAGACCGGUCCGUUUCGACCCUGAAUUAGAGGAAGCGUAUCAUACGCUUUUCUAUCCCUUUAAAGUAUCUCGGCUGCAAUUUAAAAGAUUGGUAUCUCCAGAAUUUGCAUCGAUAAUGUCUUUGCACGCUGGUGAAGCGUAUGCAAUGCAAAAUUUAACGCGUACCGACAGAUUGGGAUUAUUGCUGAGCGGCAAAGUGAAUGUUCUUAGCGAUUCGAAUUUCUUACACCCUAUUCUGCCUUGCGAAUUUUUAGAUUCACCGGAAUUCGAAAGUUCUCGAGCAUCCGUCGAUGACAAAUUUAAGGUGACGAUUGUUGCCGCAAGUUCGUGCAGAUAUUUAUAUUGGCAGAGAUCUGCAUUAGAAUAUCUUUUAGUAAAGGAAGCAUAUCUCGCGACAGUUUUAACAACGCUGGUUGCCAGAGACAUCGCGACAAAACUGUACGCUAUGAACAAUAAGAUUGUUACAGAUAAAGGAUCACAUUUGGAUAUAAGACUUCCAACGAUCAGUGCAGGAUUAACGAUAAGCGGCGAAUAUAGAAGUCCAAGAGCAUCCAGACAAGCAUUGAUUCGCAGAAAAGAAUCAUCUUUGUCUUCCGAUAAUGGUAUUUCUAAUUUAAAAGAUCGUCCAGCGAAUAAUCUGUCGAAGAAAGGAGUACCAAAUAUGGAACCGCUUCCUGAAAUGCCGUCUUGUGACGAUUUGGCAUCCAGUGGUGUAGAAAGUUGGUUAGAUUCAUCGAGCAAGUAUCACAGUUGCGAGAUUGUGGACGAAGAAUAGCAGGAAGCUUCCUUAACGCCGGACACAUUUUACGAAGAAGAUAGCGAUUAGUGUCCGCGUUAAGGUAUUGUAAGAUGAACACUCUAGUAUUUUUAACAAAAAUUAUACAACAUUUCGAUCUAUAUGAAAGAAAAAACUCUUUUUUAAAUUAUCCAAAAAUUAUUCAAAAGUGCUGUUUAUUGCGUCUUUCUGAUCUGUGAACGAUACGAACGAACAAAUCAAUUAAUUUGACAAACGAAAUGUUUUUCACUUAUAAAACCUUGGGAAAUCUUUUCAUAACAUUUUCAAAGAAAUAUGCCGUUUCAUUUGCACAAAUAUAGCUUGAAACAAAUAGAUUAUAUUUUACUUCAUAUAACAAUAUACAAUUAUAUUAAAUAGAUAAAAUUAUUUAAAGACGUAGUAUGGAAGAAAAAAAAAAAAUCAUAGAUAGCCUAAGUGAAUGAACACCAAGUGGAAUAAAGAUAUAAUCUCUAAUUCGUAAAACGAACGGAUCCUAUAAUGUUUACUCGAACAAUAAAAGUGGGUCUACAUUUACUGUAUAUCAAAUCAUGUGGAUGGAAAGUGUUGCCUAUUAAAAUAUAAUACACGUUAAGAUACACCCACCUUAAGACGCAUCGAAAUCUCAGGUGUAGUGUUCAAAAAAAUGCAUUUUUAUGAAAUUUAUGAAAUUUAAUAAAUUGACGUACGUGUUAUUA